UCAGACAGAUGUCAGCUUAGGAGAAACAAGUGCCUGUGCUUUAUUGAGAGGAACGAACUCUGAACCUAUUUGCGAAAAAAAGGGAGUAGGCGCAAUGGGCCUUUCGUGUGUCAACUGCUUUCUGGUCAGAGCCCUGUGAAUGAAUGGGUAUAUACGUUAUGUGUACGUGAUUCGCGAAUGUAGCCAAUGGCAGAAUUAUGGAACGCUACCCAGACACGCCAUGUUGUUGUUGACAAUUUACCUAACCUCAAAAUUUGUGUUUUGUAUGUGAUGAAAUAAGUAAUAACCGAAAAUGAAGUUGACCAUAGACGAUUUAAUCGUCUACUUCCCUUACGAAUACAUCUACCCUGAACAAUACGCCUACAUGUGCGAGUUAAAAAGGGCAUUAGAUGCAAAGGGCCACUGCGUCCUAGAGAUGCCUUCCGGUACGGGAAAGACGACAACUUUACUUUCAUUAAUCGUAGCGUACAUGUUGGAGAAUCCCCACGUUGUUCGUAAGCUUAUCUAUUGCUCACGAACCGUGCCGGAAAUCGAAAAGGUUAUAGAAGAGCUGAAGAAGCUGUUGGACUACUAUGAGAAGCAAGAUUCCAGUUAUCCGUCGCUAACUGGUCUCGUUUUAAGUUCACGUAAGAACAUGUGCGUUCAUCCCGAGGUUAGUACCGAAAGAGAGGGCAAAAUCGUAGAUAGCAAAUGCCAUUCGCUCACCGCGAGUUACGUGCGUGACCGCUACAGUCACGACGACACAAUCCCGAUUUGUCAAUAUUACGAAGGUUUCGCCAUGGACGGGAAGGAGAGUGUUUUACCUUACGGCGUUUACAGUCUCGAUGACCUGAAGCAGUACGGUCGCGAUCGUAACUGGUGCCCCUAUUUCCUGGCACGGUUUGCCAUUACCCACGCGAAUAUUGUGGUGUACAGUUAUCAUUAUUUGCUAGAUCCGAAAAUUGCGGACGUUGUUUCGAAGGAGCUGACCAAGGAGGCUGUUGUGAUUUUUGACGAGGCUCACAACAUCGAUAAUGUCUGCAUUGACUCAAUGAGCGUUAAAAUUAAUAAACGAAUUAUCGAAAAGUCGACCGCUAAUAUUACGCUUUUAGAACGUACAGUUGCAGAAAUGCGCGAGGAUGAUGCGAAACGUUUACAAGACGAGUAUCAGCGCUUAGUCGCCGGACUUAAGGACGCAAGCGUCGCGCGGGAAACCGACGUGAUACUUGCGAAUCCAGUGUUGCCGGAUGAAGUGUUGAACGAGGUGGUUCCGGGAAACAUACGAAACGCCGAGCACUUCAUUGGUUUUCUGAAGCGAUUUUUGGAGUACAUCAAGACCAGGUUGAGAGUGCAGCACGUAGUGCAGGAAACGCCGGCGGGAUUUUUGCGCGAUCUACAAAGCAAGGUGUGCAUCGAACGUAAGCCGUUAAAAUUCUGCGCCGAAAGGCUCGCAUCGCUCUUGCGAACGCUCGAGAUCGCCGACAUGACCGAUUUCAGUCCGCUAAUCCUAAUCACACAUUUAGCGACCUUGGUAUCCACUUACAUGAAGGGGUUUACAAUUAUCGUCGAACCGUUCGACGAUAAAACGCCCACCGUGUCCAAUCCCAUUCUGCACUUUUGCUGCCUGGAUUCGUCCAUCGCAAUUAAGCCUGUUUUCGAUCGAUUUCAAACGGUCGUUAUCACAUCGGGCACGCUUUCGCCCCUUGAUAUGUACCCGAAGAUCCUCAACUUUCAUCCUGUCAUCAUGUCGUCGUUUACGAUGACCCUGGCACGUCCCUGCUUGUUGCCGAUGAUUGUAUCUAAAGGUAACGAUCAAGUCGCGAUAUCCUCCAAGUUUGAAACUCGCGAAGAUAUCGCCGUCAUAAGAAAUUACGGGCAGCUACUUGUAGAGGUUGCAGCUAACGUCCCCGAUGGAGUUGUCUGUUUCUUUACGUCGUAUUUGUACCUCGAAUCCGUGGUCGCAAGCUGGUACGAUCAAGGAGUAAUCGACAGUCUGCAACGCUACAAGUUGCUAUUCAUCGAAACUCAAGACUCGGCCGAAACGAGUUUUGCGCUAAUGUAUUACAUUAAAGCCUGCGAAUCGGGCAGAGGGGCGGUGCUUUUAUCGGUGGCGCGCGGGAAGGUGUCAGAGGGGGUCGAUUUCGAUCAUCACCUCGGCAGAGCCGUCCUCAUGUUUGGUAUUCCGUACGUGUAUACGCAGUCUCGUAUACUGAAAGCGAGGUUGGAUUAUUUACGCGAUCAAUUUCAGAUUCGAGAGAAUGACUUCCUUACCUUUGACGCGAUGCGUCACGCGGCGCAGUGCGUCGGCCGCGCCAUUAGAGGAAAGACCGAUUACGGUAUUAUGAUAUUUGCCGAUAAGCGCUUUUCUCGCGCGGAUAAACGAUCGAAAUUGCCGAAGUGGAUCCAGGAACAUCUCAAAGACUCGCUCUGCAACCUGUCGACGGAGGAAGCCGUGCAGAUCGCGAAACGAUGGCUAAGGCAAAUGGCGCAACCGUUCACGCGUGAGGACCAACUCGGAGUUUCCCUUCUGACGUUGGAGCAGUUGAAGAGUUUAGAAGCCAGUAAAAUCGAAAAGCAAGGCCAACAGCUGUAGGAUGUUGUCAAUUUUGUGUUUUUUAUAAGAUUAAUGUGUUACUAAAUAAAUAAUAAUAAUAAUAUUGAUUUAUUACGCGAACCUGCGUUUAACCUUCAUGCAGGUUCAUGUGUUUGACACCGUUAACCUUUUGUUCGAAAUUGCGUUCAGUUUUGUUGUAAUGUUUACUAAAUGUUUUUUUUAUGUUUCAGUUACAUGGUCUAGUCCCCAACUUGGAUGUAUAUUUUUGAUCAUUCUUUUAAACAUGUGGAAAUUAUCGAAUUGUUUGAUGUGUGUAUGUGUUCUGACUUGUUGUUUGUAAGCUAACAUUUUCGCCUUGAAGAGACGAUCACGGAAAUGAGUUAUGACACUCAAGUGUAGGCUUGAAACCCAGAACGAGGGGCGAGUUAUCUACCUUGGGGGCGAGAUUAUGCCUCUUCGGUUUGGAAUCUAUGUGUGAUAUAUAGCUGCGUAUCACCGAUUUCCACAUAUUUUGUCGUAACCUUGCAAUUUGCCUCACCAGAUCGCGAAACGAUGGCUAAGGCAAAUGGCGCAACCGUUCACGCGUGAGGACCAACUCGGAGUUUCCCUUCUGACGUUGGAGCAGUUGAAGAGUUUAGAAGCCAGUAAAAUCGAAAAGCAAGGCCAACAGCUGUAGGAUGUUGUCAAUUUUGUGUUUUUUAUAAGAUUAAUGUGUUACUAAAUAAAUAAUAAUAAUAA